GUGAUUCUUAUCUUCACAUCUUCACCAUCUUUCACUUGCAUUGCCAGCACCAUAGUCCUGUAUUAGCCAUGCCUGCAACUCCUGCAUCCACUUCUGGCACUCUGAAUGCCGGAAGCCAUUACCGACCCCUGAAGCUGAGCCUUGGAACUAUUUCCUGCACAUUGGCAAUGGCUGGAUCGCGGGUCUGUGCAUGCAUCUCUCAAUAUCAGACGGAAGCUGCCAACAAUGGUCUAUCUUCUGACCGGAUAAAGUAUUUUAAAGCUGGGCUGCAAUGGGAGAUGAAUACUUUUGUCACACCACUCCUGCAGUACUCAGCUUCACAGAAUAUCGUGUCGGUUCUUCCGGUCCCUGUCGCUUAUAUCCUUAAGUUGUAUCCCAUGCUAACCUGGAACACGGUUCCGGACGACGUCUUUUCAUUCCACCUCCUUUCAUUUGAUGAUGAGGCAAUUGCAGGACAUCCGUCCCGGAUUGUGUUUGCAUAUACAUGUCCAUGGUGGAUGGGAAACACCACAAUCCCGGAUCAACCAUGGCAGUGGGAUGAAAUAAUGGCUUCCUGCGUCUCUCACUACCAGUAUUGGGCGCUUAAUGUUGAGGAUGAUGCUUUGGUUCUUCCAGAGAAGUUGAGAAACACUUCGACUCCACCACUUAUGGGACUGAGGUGGAUUAAAGAACACAUGGAAGCAUUGAUGGAGGAGCAAGAUGAGGGCAUCAAAGCCAAGAUGGCAGAGGUGAAGAUGUACACUGACAUGUUAGAGAAAUUGAGGAAAGGCAAAGGAGUGUAGUCCCAUUCAGUGUUCAUUGUAUACAAGAUGUAAAAUAUUCUAUGCAUUCAAAAAUCUUGCACCCGAGUCCCGGAAGCCCAGGUCCCGAGUCCCGAAUUUCGGAGUUCGGGGUUCGGCGACCCGGAGCUCGGCAACUGUGUUGGGUGUCAGGGUAUCCGGAGCAUUGGAGAUAGCAUGUGUCAGUAUUUUGCGUUUCAUGGUUCAUGUUU